AUGGCAGGUUAUGAUUACAUUGCUGAAGACUUUGCAUUUGUACUUACGAACCUCUAUUCCAACUGUUCAGGCCAGGCCCCCCAACACGUGCGACUUGUAGGAGGUAAACAUCAGGGACGACUGGAGGUGUAUCAUGAUGGAGUAUGGGGAACAGUGUGUGAUGACGGGGCUACCAAUACAAUCGCCAAGGUUGUGUGUCGUCAACUCGAUAUCACCAGUGCUUACGGCAUUGUGGAGGGAAGUGCACAUUUUGGAGCUGGAACAGGGCGUAUCUGGAUGGACGACGUUUUAUGUAAUGGCAAUGAACUUUCUUUGGACGCAUGCACGUCUAACGGCUGGGGAAAUCACAAUUGUGGACAUGGAGAAGAUUUAUCAGUCGUUUGCGGCCAAUACGUGACGAGAGUAAAACCGAACAGUGGUAGCUUAUCGGGUGGUACUAGAGUAACUAUAGAAGGAGCAGGAUUUUCGAAAGACCCAUUCAACCAUUUUCCGGGUACAGAACAUCACG